AUGGAGACCAUUGAUAUCCAAAAUAAGUCGUUUGUUGUAAGAUGGUUGAAGGUUAAACGUGGGGAUACUAUUGCUUAUCAAAUAAAGCCUUUGAAGAAGUCAAUUUGCCUUGGUAUUUACAAGAAGUUGACGGAUACAGGGAUUCCAGCCACUCUUUCAAACCGGGGUUCUCCUUCACGACAUGUUAAUUCGGUUUCAUCCAGUCAAAAUGCAGAAAUGCCUCAAGUUCACAUAGAGUCAGAUGAUAGGAACCUUAUGGUAGAGUUUAGGAACCGGGCGUUUAGUAUGAGCAGCAGUUCGUUGGCGAAGGAUGAUGCAGAUGAGGCUAAUGCUGGGGUGUUGCCUAAUCCUGAGUUGCAAACCAGACUAGAUCAAUCUGGGUUGACUAAGGUUUCGUGGAUUGGCAAUGUUCAAGGGAACGAAAUUUACCAAGGGACUAUGACCAUUGAAGAUGAUGCUGAGGAUUUGUAUUAUGCAUUUAUUCUUGAUAAUACCAUUUCGAAGAAGGUUAAAAAAAAAGUGUUGUUCAGCGCAAGUGUGGUACAUCACUCGCAGUUGUGUGACAACGAGUCUGUAUUUUCGCAAGAUGAAGUGAUGCAGGUCGAUAACGUUUUAUCGAUUUCAAACAUGAAUAAUUCGAAUCUAAAUCCAAGCUCUCAGUCAAUUUCAGGAAAGGAGAUGUUUCGUUUGAAGCAAGGGAGAAUACUCCAAGGCUUUCUCUUGAAACGACGUAGAAAGAAAUUGCAAGGCUUUACAAAGAGAUUUUUUAAGUUAGAUCUGAAAUAUGGUACAUUGUCAUACUAUCUGAGCGAAUGGAAUUCUGUGUGCAGAGGCGAAAUAGUAAUUACAUUGUCUACGGUAAGUGCGAACAAAAAGACUAGACUGAUUGUAAUUGACUCAGGCAUGGAAAUAUGGGCUUUAAAGGCUAGAGAUUCUCUAGAAUGGGAAACAUGGGUCGAAGCACUUGAAUCAUGCUACAAAGCAAAUUCCGAUAACCAGAACAAUAGGAAAUACUCUGAAACGGAAACGCUGGAGAGUUUAGCCCAAAGUUUAUUGGCAGAAUUGCAGAUAGCUCAUUCCAAAGCUGAGGAAUGUAAAAACCAAUACGCUUUAUCACAAUCUCAACUCAUUGAUAAGGCAUAUUUAAAGCCACCAACACCGCAAACUAGAUCAACGUCCAGAAGUUCUUCUCUAUCGUCGGCUAAAGGACCUACCAUUUUAGCUAAAAAUAGUUCUGCCUUUGAUGAGCCUAACAAUAAUGGCCCUGUACGAAAGACUUCCAAAUCAACAACUUCAAACUCUAAUGCUUAUUCUUCUGUAAUACCUUUCCCAAUAAAUGAGCUGAAAGGGGAAACCGAUUUGUAUAAGAAGUUGUCUGAGUUGGAAAGCCUCCUAGCCAAUAUAUCUCUAAAAUCGCGGCUAAUAUUCACAUCCCCACUGUUCACUUCUCUGCCUGGCUGCAAACUUAUGGAUAAAAUAGCCACUACAACAAAGUCUUCGGCGGCUUCUAUCUUUUCUGAAGAGUUUUAUGAUGCAUUGGACGAUGAAAAAGCGGUUAUCAUGUUGGAUGACGAAGAGGGAAUCGAUGGCCUUGAGUUAAACAUGUCUGCUGGUUCUGAAGUUCCAAAUAUGAUCUCUAAAGACAGAAUCAUUGAUAAAAUGAAUUCAUUGCAUUCUGAAACGAUGGAGACUAUUCAGUCAUCAGGAGGAGAGUCUUCUUUAGGUCCUGUUGAUAUGUAUCCACUUCCAAUAGCUUUGAAAGUUAAACGUCGUGACGAUAUAGAAAAGCCUACUACUACUCCUCCAAGUUUGUUAUCAUUUUUACGGAAGAAUGUUGGUAAAGAUCUUAACUCUAUCUCUAUGCCAAUGUCUUCUAAUGAACCCAUCACAGUUUUACAACUGCUUGCAGAAACCUUUGAAUAUGCUGGACUUUUGAACAAAGCUGUUACAACUGAAGAUCCGGUAGCCAGGCUAGGAUUGGUGGCAUCAUUUGCUACAUCUUACUUGUCUGUCUAUAGGGAAAAGGCAAGAUCAAUGAGAAAACCGCUUAAUCCGUUACUUGGCGAAACAUAUGAAUUAGUUCGUGAAGACAUGGGUUAUAAACUCAUCAGCGAAAAAGUCUCUCACAAGCCACAAAUAUUUGCAUUCCAUGUAGAGAACAAAGAUUGGGUCUGCAGUUAUACGAUUUCACCUACUCAAAAGUUUUGGGGCAAGUCUUUGGAGUUCACCAACGAAGGAACUAUAAAUUUAGUUAUGAGACAUACAGGUGAGAAAUUCAAGUGGACGCAACCUUCCAUGAUACUAAAAAAUAUCAUCGCUGGAGAGAGGUAUCUUGAACCAACCAAUCAGUUUGAAGUUACAUCUUCGGAAGGCUAUAAAGCCGUCAUAGCGUUUAAACAUAGUGGUUUGUUUAGCAGCAGAUCUGAAGAUUUAACUAUAACCUUGUAUGACAACGACAAAAAAUUAUCUGGUAAUCUAAAGGGACAAUGGACAAAGCAACUUGUUAAUGAUGCUACAGGGGAGAUUGUUUGGGAAGUCAAUGAACUCGUGCCAGAAGCUCCAAAAAAGUUUGGCUUUACAAAAUUCACUGCAAACUUGAAUGAGAUAACAGAAUUAGAGGAGGGGAAAUUACCACCUACCGAUUCUAGAUUGAGGCCCGACUUGAGACUAUACGAAGCGGGAGAUGUUGAUACAGCUGAAGAGCUAAAACUAAAACUUGAACGAAUGCAACGUGAACGACGUACCAUGGGCCAAGAUAUAGCCCCUAAAUAUUUUAGAAAGUCUGGAACUGAGUGGUUAUCUAUUACAGGCCAUAAAAACUAUUGGGAAAAACGCAGGUACUCAGAUUGGUCUGAUGCCCCAAGAUUAUGGUAG